AUGGCUUUUGAUCGCUAUAUGGCCAUCUGUGAUCCCCUGAGAUAUUCCACUAUCCUAACAAACUCUGUGGUGGCCAAGAUUGGCCUGGCUGUGGUGCUGCGAGGUUCCAUGCUCACACUAUGCUUUCCCUUCAUAGCGAGAAGGCGGCCAUAUUGUACAACUAACAUCAUCCCCCACUUGUGCUGUCACCUGAUAGCCUUGGAGACGCUGGCCUGUGCCGACAUCCGCAUUAGUAGUUACUACAGCCUCUUUGUGGUAUUGCCUGGUUUUGGUCUGGAUGUGUUUUUUAUAACUAUGUCCUAUACCCAGAUCCUCAGGGCCUUCUUCAGCCUCCCCACAAAGGAUGCGCAGCUGAAGACUUUUGGGACCUGCAGCUCCCACCUCUUUGUCAUCUUAGCCAUUUAUUUACCUGGUCUCUUCUCCUUUCUCAUACACCGGUUUGGCUACAAUGUCCCCCUGCAUUUCCACAUUCUCAUGGCCAACAUGUCCCUCCUGGUGCCCCCCAUGUUAAAUCCUAUCAUCGAUGGAGUAAGGACCAAAGAGAUUUGGGUCAGGCUACUCCAGCUUAUUACUCAUCAAGGGAUCUAA